GGGGGGGAGUGAAAGGAACACGAAAGCAAUGUUGGGCCUACCUCUAAAAUAAUGUGUUGUAUAAAGUGGCAGAAUGAAUAAAGUGGCAGAAUGCGAUAACUGAAAUAACGCUUCUAUUUCAUUUAUUUUGAAAUGUUAACAGAUUUAGAGGUUCACGGGAGCACAUGAAGGCAGCACUAGCCCUGGCAACCACUGCAAUGGUUCAGUGUACCCUAGCAACCAUGGAGGAUGAUCUUUCGUUGAUGGAAGAAAAAGGCAAAGAGGUCACACAAGAACAAAAAGAUCUCCUCUACAACCAAGUCGAAGAACUAAAGUGUUCCAAUGCAGCCCUCCAUGCAGAGAUCGGCAUGUUUGAACGGUUCAUUGGCCGCAUAGAUCCUCGGGACCUGGUGUCCGAUGCUGGGGGAGACUGUCUGGGGGCAGCAGGAGUCUCCCAGCCGGAGGGUGGGGGUCGUGGACGGAGGCAGAUGUCCCGGUCCAACAUUCCGGAUCGCCUCCAGCAGCUGACCUUGGAACAAAAACUUUAUGUGGCAAGGAAAGAAAUAGAAGAGACACAACAGGACAAGGAGAAACUCAAACAGAAAUAUGAGAGACUUCAGGAUAACUACAAGGCCUCUCUGAAAGAAUCAGAGUUGCGUCUUGCCGAAAUCAGAAAGGCUGAGAACGAGUUUGAACGCAAACUGCUCAGAGAUAUGAAGGACAACAGGUUGGAAAUGAUGGAGCCCGACAAGGUGCUCAAGUACAUCGAAGACAGGUCAAAGGUCACCCAGGUGGAGAAGUUUAUUCUGAAGAACCAGGCACUGAAGGUCCACGAGAAGAAGCUCCAGCAGCAGCUUCAACAGAAGAAAGAGAUGGGAAAAUCCGAGCACGAGGACAUUUUCUACGAGUACAGCGAGCAGAGAAUCGACCGAAACCUGAAUGAACUUCAAGUCAACAAUUUGAAAGUACAAGGUGUCCUCAGUUCACACAAGGAGAAACUGCAGAGUGUGACUCAUGAGUCCACAGAGCUGAGUAAUGACAUCACCAACAGGGAGCAGAUGCUGGCAAAAAUUGAGGAGGAGAUACAGCAUGCUGAGGAGGAGCGUCUAACGGCGGAGACCCUCAACCAACACCUGCGCCGCCAGAUGACAGAUUAUCAGGCUCCUGAUAUCACUGAGUACAUGCAUGUCAAGGGCAAACACAAGCAGCUGCAGCGGAGCAUUCUCACUUUAGAGAGGAAGAUUGGGACCGCUGAGAUGGCCUUGAAGACCCACACUAAAGCCCGGAGCUCACAGAGAGCCAGUCUUACUCCUGAAUACAGAGCUGAGGCUGGAGCUAGAUCUGCACAGCACCAAAUCCCAGUAAAGCUCCCAUACAUAGCAGGACACAGAACAUAGACAAUCAGAAAGCCUACUGGAUUCAUGCAAAAAAUAAUCCACUAAUGUGUGGCAGAAAGGAAACUUUGCUACUGUUGCAAAUGUCCUGUCACAAUAUAACUAUAAUUCUUCUUUGUCCUUUUAAUUCUUGUUGGUAAAUGUAGAGAGAAAACAUGUUGCCUUGAUGUUUUAAUACUGAUCAGGUCUUAGUUUUCCCCCAUGCACCAUCAUGAACUCUUCUUUUAAGUGUUAUACAAUCUUUUGUAUACUGAAUUAUGUUGAUUAAUAAUAAGGUAUUCCCUACAUACCUUAUUCACAGGUAACUUUGUACUGAACACUAAUUACUGUCACUUUUAUUAGAAGUUCUUCAAUAAAACUUGAAUGAAAGUUUUGUAAAGGAGUUACAGAAUAAAUGUUAUAUUCUUCAUAUAAGCUUUUUACAGAAAAUAUAUUCAGAUGUAAAUCACCAACAUUUUGAUUAGUAACUCAUUUAAUUAAAUUCCUUUUUUCUCAGUAACUAAGUGAUUACAUUUAUUUUGUAGUUUAAUUCUGUAACUAGUUACUCCCAAACACUGCGUAUACGAUAUUAUCGCUUGUGGUAGAUAAAAUGACCCAACAUUAUUAUAAUGUAGCUAAAACAUGCUUGUACAGCACUAAAGCUCUGCCUCCACAUUAACAUUGAAGCAGCAACCUACUAUAAUGAUUAUCUAUAUAUAAUAGUAUAACACUCUGCAUAAUGACUUUAACUUUGACAAUUUAGGUACAUUUAGUUGA